AUGUCGGCAUCAAAUGCCACGACUGAAAAGGCGUACACACACGUGCUGCAGCUCGAAAAUGAUGCUUUGCGCCGUCAAGUGCAGCAGGCGCAUCUGGAGGUAGAGCGGCUAGCACAGAUUAUCUUAUAUAAGCCGAAAAAUACUCGACGAGGCGACCCUGGUGCUGAUGCGGCGCACGUUGCACGCCUCGAGCGACGCUGCGAGCAAUUGGCCAGCCGUCUUGUCUGCCUCGUGCGGGACCGGCAACUGUCGGAGUGCGCAGAGAUUCAUUUUCUCUUGCGAACACAGGAGGAGGAGCGUCGGUUUCUGCGCGAUGCGCUUGUAAAACUACUGAAGAAGUGUAAAGGAUACACCCCUGGGGAAAAUGAGGAGUGGCAGAUGGACGACGGCAUUCACCCAGGUACCCUGAGCGCGUUGAUAAUCAGGGUGGCCGACUGCAUGCAGAGCGAUGAGGCGCAAUGGAAGCUAGAGCAGGCGGAGCGCCUCGUGGCGAUCGAUCAGACCACAAACUUUAUCGUAGACAUACAACAGGCGGUUGAAAGGGCAGCACGGUUAGUGUACAACUGUCAUUUUGAUCCUUCACACGUCGCGUCUAGAGAGCGACUGCAGACGUGGAGGAAUUUACACAACAACAACAACAACAACGCCGCGAAGAAGACACAUGCAAUCAUGUGCAAUACUUCUGAUCGUCCUCCGCUUUACUCGCUGCAGUCACAGAGAAGUGGCAUUCAGACGACACAAAGCUGUUAUGGCGAUGCGAAUAAUUAUAUAGAGUUAAUGUCUUCUUCCUCGUGCGAUGUGGAUGCGGUAGAAGCAGCAGCAGCAGCAGCAGCAGGUAUGGGCCAGCGCCAGGGUGGCCUAUUGGAGGCGUGCGACGUGCUGCGUGCUUGCCACCGCGCGCUGGAGGAUGUGCGUCGCCUUCUUGGUGGUGCGGCAUCCACGCGCGCCACUGCACAAACGAAUGGAAUGAGUAGUGUAGAACAGCUGUUGGCGGGGUUUCAGCGUGACUUGCAAGAAUUGAUGCGGAGCUGCGCAACAAGCCGUGAGACGUUGGCGCGGCGGCUGUCAACGGAGAUUGAAGCUCAUCGACAAACCGUGCAAAAGUAUGAGGCGCGCCUGAAACUGGUAGAGAGGGAGCUGGUUGAUGUCGUCACUGGGGCUCCUCAGACCUCCCAGUUGCAGCCGCAAGUUCCCCUGGGGACAAACAUCGCGGGUACCCUCUUUCCACGAGGGUGCUCUGACAAGGAGACGGAGAUGUAUAUUCCUUCUGCUGGCAGUGGUCGCCGCUUCCAGCCUGCGGUGGACACGCCACCACCUACGUCGGGAAAUCUGCCGUCUUUGUACGGCGAAACCGUCCGGCGUGAAUCCAAACCAGAGAGGAUUGUGGCGCCACCACAUGGGGGCAAUCAGGCGAUGCGGCGAAUUGGAGGCAGCGAUUGGCGAAGGGAACAGGGCGACAACCCUUAUGUAUCUGCCGCUGAUGCUGCUGCUUUUGUUAUUGAUGGCAUUGGCGCCAGUAAGGGUGCUGCUUCUUCACCUGAGUGGGUGAAGAAAAAACGGUUUGUGCCCCACCCACCAAAUACCCUUGACACAUGGAGUGAGAGUUUGGACGAAUCGACAUAUGAAGGGUCGGUGGCGCACUCACCGCCGCCACCAAGCCACCGGCGCGGCAGCCCGCGAGCCAACAGGGCGGGAUACCUGAAGGCUGAUUCUCCUCGAAGUCAGACGGCACCACCACCGCGCCGCAGAGUCUUCAGUCCGUCUGUCUACUGA